CAGUCUGUCCCAGGCUGGUGAGAAGGGGAAAUAAGGAGGAAGAGCAGGGUGUGGAAAUGAAACACUGCAAUGCUGCCGUGGCCAGACUGCAUCCCCAGCGAGCAGGUAUAAGGAAAUGCUAGAUCUAGUGAUAUCACCCAGUCUGACUGUAAAUAAAGAGUGCCCUGACAGACUGAAGCUUAACCUUUCUCAUAUUUAUGCCACGGCUCCAGAUGACAUAGAAGGCAGCAGCAAAGCAGCACCACAGUGUCCUCUCCAUCUGUACACCACAAAACAUUAUCCCCACAUAGUGACAGUCCCGUCCUUCCCCACGAUGGCAGCGUAUGGACAGGCUCAGUACAGCACAGGAAUCCAGCAGGCUGCUGCCUACUCUGCCUAUCCUCCCCCGGGGCAGCCCUAUGGAAUCCCCUCCUACAGCAUUAAAACAGAGGACAGCCUGAGCCACUCUCCAGGACAGAGUGGAUUUCUCAGCUACGGCUCCAGCUUCAGCGCGCCGGCGGCGGGACAGGCGCCCUACACGUACCAGAUGCACGGCACCACAGGGAUUUACCAGGGAGCCAACGGCCUGACAAAUUCUGCGGGAUUCAGUGCUGUGCAUCAGGAGUAUUCCUCGUAUCCCAGCUUCCCUCAGAGCCAGUACUCUCAGUAUUACAGCUCGUCCUACAACUCCCCGUACGUGUCUGCCAACAGCAUCAGCCCCUCGGCCAUCCCCACCUCCACCUACUCCCUGCAGGAGUCUUCCCACAACAUCACCAGCCAGAGCACAGAAUCACUCUCUGGGGAAUAUUCAACAACACCAGCAAAAGAUAUAGAGACAGACAGACAUCACAGAGGGUCAGAUGGCAAAGUACGAGCCCGGUCAAAAAGAAGCAACGAUCCUUCCCCUACUGCAGACAGUGAGAUUGAGCGUGUGUUUGUGUGGGAUUUGGAUGAGACGAUAAUUAUUUUUCACUCCUUACUCACGGGAACCUUUGCAUCCAGAUAUGGGAAGGACACCACAACGUCUGUGCGGAUAGGUCUCAUGAUGGAAGAAAUGAUCUUCAACCUUGCAGAUACACAUCUGUUCUUCAAUGACCUGGAGGACUGUGACCAGAUCCACAUAGAUGAUGUAUCUUCAGAUGAUAAUGGUCAAGAUCUAAGCACAUACAACUUCUCUGCCGAUGGCUUCCACAGUUCCUCUGCCAGUGCAAACCUGUGUCUGGGCUCGGGGGUGCACGGGGGAGUUGACUGGAUGAGGAAAUUGGCGUUCCGCUACCGCCGGGUCAAAGAGAUGUACAACACCUACAAAAACAAUGUGGGGGGUUUAAUAGGAGCUCCUAAGAGGGAAACCUGGCUGCAGCUGAGAGCAGAACUGGAAGCGCUGACUGAUCUCUGGCUCACACAUGCUCUGAAGGCGCUGAAUUUGAUACAUUCCCGGCCCAACUGUGUGAAUGUGCUGGUCACCACAACUCAGCUUAUACCAGCUCUGGCUAAAGUGCUUCUCUAUGGAUUGGGCACUGUCUUCCCCAUUGAAAACAUUUACAGUGCAACAAAAACAGGGAAAGAGAGCUGUUUUGAAAGAAUAAUGCAGAGGUUUGGAAGGAAAGCCGUGUACAUUGUAAUAGGAGAUGGUGUUGAAGAGGAGCAGGGAGCAAAAAAGCACAACAUGCCCUUCUGGAGAAUCUCUUGUCACGCUGACCUGGAAGCUCUGCGGCACGCCUUGGAACUUGAAUAUUUGUAGCAGACCCCAACAUCUUAGCACUGGGAGGGCUUCACUCAGACUCUUACAUCGGUUCCACCUAUUCCUCAAUGUUUUCUUGGUAAAAAAAAUCCAACAGCAACUGCAGUUUUUCUUUUUUUUGAAGGAGAACCCUUUCAGUGGAAGCCUUUAAGAACUUGCAGCCAAAGAAUAUUGUCUCAAGUCCUCCUUCCUUUGGACAGAGGAAAAUCCUCCUGAUCAGUCGGUGGGAUGCUGCAGUUACUGGCUAAGGUGGAGGCACAGAGCUCUAAUGGCCUUUUUGCCAUCAACAAGGCAAAUGCUACAAGUCUGGGUCUCCCUGUCAGCGUUCUUGGUUUUGAAAGGGGAAGAGGACACAGCGAGGAGUCUCUGCACAAUCCAUCACAUCACACAGGACCUUCUGAAAAUAGGAGUGAAACUGUUGAUUCUUUUUUUUUGGUUGUUUUAUUUCUUUUUUUUUUUUUUUUUUUUUUUGUAUUUUUUUUAAUUUAUGAACUAAUCUCAUUACUCUGGUAUUAA